GCUUAUGCAUUGCAACUCUUCUUGUAUGUACUUCAGGUGCAAUGAAGGUGAAGGUUCUCCAGUGGCACGCGGUGGCUUCCUGGACAUGGGACGCGCAGGACGAGACGUGCGGCAUAUGCAGGAUGGCGUUCGACGGCUGCUGCCCUGACUGCAAGUUCCCCGGGGACGACUGCCCGAUCAUCUGGGGCGCCUGCAACCACGCCUUCCACCUUCACUGCAUACUCAAGUGGGUUAAUUCGCAGACAUCAACGCCCCUCUGCCCCAUGUGCCGUAGGGAGUGGCAGUUCAAGGGCUAAGGGCUGGCAUCGAUCUCCAACUAUGUCUCAACACCCUAGUGUUCUCCUUGGAGAAAACUGAAACUGACGUGUUGCUGAGGAAUGUAGUUACUUUCUGGUAACCAGGCCAAGCGGGCGGCAUUUUGUAAGCAAAACUUCCCAGUUGGUGGGCAGACAAAUGCAAUGAUAAAUUUGCAUGGUCUAAGCAGCAGCCUGACAAAGAUUGUGUCGAUUUUUUCUUGUCCUUGAUGAUGUUUGCCUUCAGAGAGAUCGUUUCCCUGUGGAUGAUUGACAAGAAACAUUCUUUAUUA